AGCGCGACGUCGUAAGCAUAUGCAGUGACGUCAUAUGAACGUUCGUUUGAAAUUUUGACGUCAUAGCUGUUUCCGUUAUUGUUUACCAGCGGACAACUGACAACCGUUGCUCUUGGAUAUUUAACAAAAAAUGACGUCCACGGAUUACGCGGAACAUCGGACUAUCAUCAAGUUUUGUGUUAAUCUUGGGAAGACGCCAACACAGACGCAGAAAAUGUUGGAAACUGCAAAAGUGAGACCUCUUGUUUGUCGAUCACUCGUUUUCAAGUGGCAUAAGCGUUUUCGAGACGGCCGGGAGGACAUAGAAGACGACAAGGGUCGUGGGAGAAAGUCAACGUUGACUGCGGCGUCAAUUAAGGAAGUCAAGGACGUCAUAGAUCGGGACAGGCGUUACAAUGCUGAGUACUAUUCAAGGUGUACGACCAGUGGAUAUAUCGACACCAUAGGUGUAUUGAGUUAGGCGGCGACUAUGUUGAAAAAAAAAAAACUGACAAAAAAAAACUGACAUCCGACGCCACGCAUUUAUUAACAACUAGCGACGCCACCGGAAUGACGUCGUCACGUCGGAAUGGACUGCCCCGCACCCGCUACCCCUUGUCUCAUUACCCUGCCCACAGACACUAAU